CUUCCGCCCGGUAGACAGGAGCUUUCUUUUUACUUCUUUCGAGGAAACAACAAGCAACAUGAGUUCCCUCAAGCUCCAGAAGAGGCUGGCAGCCUCGGUUAUGCGAUGUGGCAAAAAGAAGGUCUGGUUGGAUCCGAACGAAAUCAAUGAAAUUGGAAACACCAAUUCCCGCCAGAGCAUUCGCAAGCUGAUCAAGGAUGGUCUGAUCAUCAAGAAGCCGGUGGUUGUACACUCGCGUUUCCGUGUCCGUAAGAACACGAUCGCUCGGCGCAAGGGUCGCCACUGCGGCUAUGGCAAGAGGAAGGGUACGGCCAAUGCCCGUAUGCCACAGAAGUUGCUGUGGAUGAAUCGUAUGCGUGUGCUCCGUCGUCUGCUGAAGAAGUACCGAGAGGCGAAAAAGAUUGAUCGUCAUCUGUACCACGACUUGUACAUGCGUGCAAAGGGUAAUGUGUUCAAGAACAAGCGUAUCCUGAUGGAGCAUAUCCACAAACGGAAGGCCGAGAAGGCUCGCAGCAAGAUGCUGAACGAUCAAGCCGAGGCCAAGCGUAACAAGGUGCGUGAGGCCCGCAAGCGACGUGAGGAACGCAUUGCUAACAAGAAGCAGGAACUUCUCCAGAGCAUCGCCAAGGAGGAGGAAAGUGCGCAGCAGGUUGCAACUACCGGAAAGAAGUGAAGUUGAACUGAGUGCGUUGUGUGAGAGACGAUAAUUAAUAAGAAAAAUCUAAAUGCUACCGGAAGAACGCCACUGGGUGAAGAAAGUAUCUUUGAAAUCAACAAAACAAUUGUAGCUGAUUUUAAAUAUAUUUCUUCAGAAAAAAAGUGCAU